GCGGCGCGCUCCCCCUCUGUAAAACCCGUUAAAAGUCAAAUCAAGUAAACGCGUUAAAUUACGAAAAAUUAAAUAAAAUCCGAAUAAUUUACCCCAAAAACAUUAAUCAAAAAUGCGUCGAAAUCAAUUAAACAGUGUAAUUCGAAUUGCCAAGAAGCAUAUUAAUCAAACUCCAGUGAUUCCCAAAUUUAGUGGUCCCACAAUAUUACGUACUUGUCAAACAGAGGUACCACUAAACAUUAGACGAAAAUGUUGUAAAACGAGAGAAUCGAUAAAUCAGUAUGCAAAAGAGACGAGACAAAAACAGCUGUGACAACGGCCAGCAGCUAACUGGUUGCGAAAACAACCCGUCCAGAUGGCGUUGCAUCGAGCGCUAACUUCAGGCAUUGCCAGCACCACAGAGAUAUUGUUGUAUGGGAACGCCAUAUUUGAUUCUGCUGUCAGCAAAAAGGGGAAAAGCAACGAAAAAUUUUUUUUUUAGCAAAUUUAGUUAAAUACCUGCUUGGAUCUAAGCGAAAAGUGUGCAAAGCAAAGGUGAACAUGAUCGCAAGCAAAUCAAAUUAAAGGAGUAUAUAUAGUUAGCAGGCCAAUUAAGAUGGAACCAUAUAUAUUAAAGGAACCAGUCUAUUCGGAUUUGCAAGUGGUCCAAGUCCCUCAAGAAAAGCUGGUCUUGCAGGAUGACGGGGCGCCGCAAUUGCUGUUCAAUGAUCAGCAGCAAGUUGUCUAUCAGACAGCGCAAUAUCAACAAGCACCUCAACAGGCAGCGGCUGCUGCUCCCUCGCAUUAUAUUAUUAACUCCAAUACAGCAGAUGAACUUGUCCAGCAACAACAGCAGCAGCAGCAACAACAACAAGUCAUGCAUCAUUCCCAUUACCAACAACAGCAGGAGCAUCAUCUUGACCAGCAGCCACAAUAUGUUCAGCAACCAGUUCAGCAUGCCCAGCAAAUUUAUUAUACAUCAGAGCAGGUCCUCCAGCCGAAUACUAUUGUACAACAUGCCUCCAUGCAGCAGUUGCAACAGCAACAACAGCAGCAGCAGCAACAACAGCAAAAGAAGCAGCAACAACAACAAGUACUGCAACAACAGCAAUACGCUCCCCAUGCCACCUAUGUCCAGGCUAGUCCGCAACAGCAACAGCAGCCAACCCAACUACUUCAAACGCCCGGUCAGCAGCAGGCACAGCAGCAGCAACAAACACAAACGCUGCAAUUGCAAACUGCUGGCGGGCAGCAGCAACAACAACAGACGCAGCAUCAUCAAAUUGUUUAUCGCAUGGCAGCUAAUCCCCAGCAACAGCAACGUCCGAUCAGUAUGUUGAACAAUGCCCAUGUCAUUGUGCAGCAACCAAGUGGACAAUCUGUGCUCAUUCAGGCGCCCCAGGGCCACCAGGAACUGAUAAUGCGCCAGCAGGGAAUCAAUAUUCAUGCCUACAACAAUCGUGUGGUGUACACGACAUCGCCACAACAGCAACAGUUGCAACACCAGCAGCUGCAGCAACAGCAGCAGCAACUACAACUCCAGGCCCAGACGGCGCAUCUGGUGCAGACGCGAGUGGUUCCGCAGCAGGCCCCCAACCAGGUGGUUUAUCAGCAAGUCCAAAUGCAAAAGACACAACCCCCGCAACAGCAGCAGCAAGCACAGCAGCAACCGCAAUUGGUGGCCUCUGCGCAGCCACAGGCGGGUGGAGCACCUGGUACCCCACAGUUGGUGAGGACUGGCUUCCGGGGGAAGUCACCAAGAGGAGGAGUUGGAGGAGCUGCGGCAGGAGGCACAAUUGUGCGUCAUGCGAGCGGAACACUAAUUGCAACCCGUCCCACAUUAGCACCUACCAUAGUGCGGCAUGUACGUCCCCGUGGAGGAGGAACGGCUGGUGUAGCUAGUGGAUUGGUGCGUAAUAUGCGACCAGCUGGAAUUCGACCCGCAACACGAACCCAACUAGUCGUCCAGACAACCACAACGGGAUCCGAAAUGCAGUUGGUGGCCCAGAAUCAGCCUGCCAAGCAGAUUACCAUAACCAAUCUAGGACAGCAACAGGAUCAGACUAUGGCCAUGCAGCCGCGUCAUGUUUAUCGCACUCAGAUGUUGGCAGAAUCCCAGGUGAAUCCUCAGCAGCAGCAACAACAACAACAACAACAACAUCAGAUGCUAAUGAUGCGGCAAGGACCUAUUAGAUAUCGUGCUCAGGCACCGCCCCCUGUCGCUUCCUCACCAGUGGCAGGUGGAGCAGGACCAACUUCAGUGGUUGGACCACUGCCUCCCAUGGCCACUCAAACAAAUCCUGGAGGCGGUGUCAAUCACAAUACCAUGGAUCUGGAAGAGCGCAUUCAGGCGGCUGUAUUGCAAAAGAAAGAGCAACAGAAACCUCCUACUCCAUCCGGUGUGGCCAAUGCGAUGCAAUUGCAGGGAACGAGUACCACAUUAACGACAUAUUAUGCAGGCGGCGGCGUAGCAGGAGGAGGAGGAGCACCAGUGGCGACUAAUAACAACAGCGAGGAGGAACAACAGCAGCAGCAGCAGCAGCAGCAACAACAACAACAACAGCAGCAUCUACCUCCCCAAGCAGUACGCCCAGUGGGUGGACCCAGUAUGAGUUUGGCUGAGUUCAAGAAGCGUCAAACAACACUCACCAAUACCGCACCUAAUCCCGCCUCUGCCACUGGCGCCACCACCUCACAAAUGCCGCCCACAGCCAGGCCACCUUUGGUGCGUCCUAAGACGCACCCCCCUACACCCGGAAUACUGCCGGCCGGCAUUCGAAUUAUACAUCCUCCAAGGAUUCAGCCUACCAUUCAACCGGCACCCAAUCCAACACCACCUGCCCCUGCCCCUCCCCAACCAAUUGUUGCCUCUUCGGUGCAGCAGACCUCGCACAACAACUACGAAAUCCACUCCCAGCAUGUACUCAAUAAUCGUGCUGGCCAGGAUAUCGCCGAUCGAGAUCGGAAUAGUGCCAAAAUGUUGGUUAUCCUCGCAUCCGGCGAGCAACGUUUGAUCACCUUCACCCUUCCCAGGGAAUCCUGCACUGUGCAAGAUCUUCUAGAGCAAGUUGGUGUCCAAUUCGACAAUACGACAACCAUACAAUGUGUCGAGCAUCGUGGGGCCAAUGUCGACUUUGUUGUCACUGUGGGAUUCUCUGUGAAUGAAUCGGCCAGUGAGCUCAUAUCUCGAGCAGAGGAAAGCCUUCAAAUGAAUAGACAACAAGAACAACAGCAGCAGCAACAACAACAACAAAGUGCUGGAACCACAUCUUCCUCGGCUGGUGUAUCUACCUCCACAUCCAAUGCCAGUACCAGCAACGCUGCUCCAUCCUCCAGCACUACGAAUUAUAAUCAAGCGAAUGCCGCAGCAGAGCAAGUGAAACGGGAUGCAGCAGCCACAUCAUCACCCGCCUCAUCCUCAGCGACGGUGGUCACAACAGCAGAAGGACGCAAACUCAUCGAUGGCUACUAUGCUGUCUGCCAAUUGUGCGGUUUCACAGGCAUGGAUCAUGCUAAAUGUGAACGCUGUAAGCGUGUCUUUCAGGAGCCACCGAAGCGAAAAUCUUACAUGACUAAAUCGAGUGCCGCCUCACCAGCCUCGGCCAGCUCGUCCAACUCCUCGAACUCGGCUAGUGAGCCUCCGGUUGCGGGCGAUAAGAAACGCGAAUUGGCCACAACCGCUGGCCAGGUGGCACGUUUUGGCAAGGCUCUCGGUGUAAACUAUCCCGGUGGUGCUGCAACUGGAACUGUUGGUGUCAGGGGACGUGGUGGUUUGGCAAUGCGUGGCAAUCGGACGAGGGGAGGUCGGCGAGUAGCUGCUGUGGCAGAAGUUGAUCCUGUCGUUCUCCUAAGCAGCGAAGAUGAAGCAGAUAACGAGGAUACAGGAACUAAUGAAUCCGAAACGCUGAGCGCCAAUCAAAGUAAACGCAUUUCAAGUGCCAGCGAAUGGCCCGCAUCCUUUGGCUGUGAUUCCAUGUUGCCUGAAAUUGAUGAGGAACCCCUGUAUAAAGAUUUUGUUCGUGGUGAUGUGACGGAUUUGAAGGAUAUCGAUGAACCAGAACAAUUUUCCACCUCUUUGACAUGCAAUUGUGUGCGGUUUAUGUCCAUGCGAUUCGAAGUUAUUGAGCCGAUCACGUUUACGUCAAAGGGUUUGCAUAUUGUGGGCAUAAUAUCUGAUAAGGAUCGUGAUCAAAAAUUCACAUUGAAUAUUUACAAACACGAGGUGAUCAAGGUGAUAGCACAUCUGUCAAGCAAUGAGCAAGCGCAGCCAUUGGUCACGCUCUUUUUGCUACGCAAUUGUGCGCAGUAUGUGAAAACGCAAUUGCAAAUAACUGACGACCAGCAGCAACAACAACAAAAUGAACAGACUGAAUUCAAAUCGAAAAACUCGGUGCAUGCUCGUCGUUUAAUUUUACUUUUUGAUGGCUCCAUCUCAGCAAGUGAUAGAGAGAUGAUUAAAUCAAUGUUUAACUGUGUGGAUGACAUCUCAUCACUGGAUGCUGCACAAAUAUUCAAGGGCAUAGCGGAAUCCGAUCGCAAGGCAGCCGCCGAGAAGCUAAACAGUCGCCAAUUGAGACAAAAUGAGCAAAUCAAUUUGCUCAUGUAUCCACCCAAGGGAACGGGCAGUCUUUGCAUACGCAUGGAGGAUUACAUGUGCCUAACCAAGGAAUCCUAUUUGAAUGAUAUAAUCAUUGAUUUCUAUCUACUGUGGCUGCGGAAUACCCAAUUUACCGAACAGCAACGCGAAAGGACACACAUUUUUAGCACAUUCUUUUACAAGCGUCUGACGACACUGACGCGACCCACGGAUAUGAAACAAACAGCGGCCCAAAAGCGUCAUGCCCGUGUUCAGAAGUGGACCAAAGUGGUGGAUAUAUUCGAUAAGGAUUUCAUAAUUGUUCCCAUCAAUGAGCAAUCGCAUUGGUUUUUGGCUAUCAUUUGUUUCCCCUGUCUGAAGGGGCCAGUCACCUAUGACACCAAUCAGCCAGUGGAGCCACAACAAUUGAAACGAGGCAAUAGAGGGAAAAAGACAUUACAAAUUGGUAAUACCACCAUUACCCCUCUAUCCAAGCGAGGAGAUGCCGGACUUACGGCCACACCGGGCGCGGAGAUAUGUUGCAUUCCCGGCGACGACGAGAGCGAGCGGGAUGAGGCUGAAGGCGACGAAAGCGAUAUGGCCAGCGAUGAGAGUGAGAAUUCACAACCGGCGAAAGAGAUGCCCAAUCCUAUAGCAGCAACGGCAACACCAACAACACCAACUAGUACAACCAAUACUAUUACUAGCACGACUUCAACUCCUUGUUCCAUGGGACCAGCUCGCAGCAGGGGGAAUAUGAGUGGCGGCGGGGACGAGAUUCCAGCGGUUAAGCAGCCGCUUAUUUUAAUUUUUGACUCCCUGGCCGGUGCGUCGCGGAGUCGUGUGGUGGCCACCCUGAGGGAUUAUCUUACCUGCGAGUAUCGGGUGAAGAAGCCGGAUGCGCAGGCGCAUAUCUUCAACAAGGAUAACAUGCCAGGGCAUUGUGUCAAGGUGCCGCAGCAGCAGAAUUUCACUGAUUGCGGAUUAUAUCUGCUGCAGUAUGUUGAGCAAUUCUUCUCGCAGCCCAUUACGGAUUAUCGUUUGCCAAUCAAACAACUGACAAACUGGUUUGAUUUCCUCACGGUGACGAAAAAGCGCGAAGACAUUGCCCAACUGAUUCAGAAAUUAAUGGACGAAGCCAAUAAGCAACAGAAGCAACGCCUUAUCUUGCCGCUCAUCGAAUUUCCCACCCUCAAUGGACAACUGGUCGAGUACCCCGAUGAUACGGAGAGUGCUGAAUUUGAAGAGGAGGAGGCAUUGGGCGGAAUUGGUGAACUAGAGCCAAACGAAGACCCUGGCAGUGAAGUGCACAAUGAGACUAAUUCGGAAGCCAUGGAUGUGGAUCCAACACCAGUUCUUGAGGAAGCUGCAUUGCCAAAAACAGGGAGCAAUUCCUCGAUUACUACAACGGCAACGAGGCCAAGGGUGGUAUUGAAGCGUCGUCUCCAAAAUGGAGCUGCAGCUGCAGCAGCAGCAGUCACACCCCCAACCCCAACCGCGGCAGCAGGAACAGUCGCCAUAAUAAGCAGUAAUGGCAACACAUCCGAAUCGCAGACAUCCCAGCAACCACUGACGACAGCACCAUCAGUGACUCCAAAUCAAUCCCCUCAUCAAUUAGUCACCCCUGGAUUAACAUCCUCCGCUGCAGUGGCAACGGCAGCGGCCGUUUCUUCACGGAGUCCUAGCGGCAGUCUUAAAAUACGUAAAAUUGAUCCAUAGCUGGACCAUCAUCAGCCUCAGCGACAUCAUCUUCAUAAUCAACAUCCCCCCAGCAUUCACGCACCACCCCCCCUUCCGUCGCUUUAUGGGCUGCAUCGAUCGCCUCCCCAGCCGCCGCCACCGUUAGAGAUGCUGCAGCUCCAUGGAACGCAACCUGUUUGUGGUCUAAUGCAGAUGCAUCCAGCUCCUACACCGCCGCCACCUCCACCGUUGCAACUGCUGCAGAUGCACCCGGUUCCCCCACCCCCGUUGGAAAUGUUGCAGAUUCACCCGCCACCUCCCCCAACUCCACGUGCAAUGCAGCUACAUCAACCUCCUUCCACGCAGCCCCCGCCACCACCGCCGCCGCUGCAACUGCUGCAGCUGCAUCAUCCAACACAUCCUUCGCCUGCAUCACUGCAACUGCACUCACAUCCACCGGCAUCGCCGCCGUUGCAACUCUAUCCUCCUCCCUCUCCACCGUUGCAGCUGAUGCAGCUGCUUCGCAAAUUGUAAAUAAAUCACACCGUAACGCAAGAAAAUUGAAAUCUAAUUAUAAUAAUAAUAAAUUCUACAUAUUUGUGUAUAAAAUACCGAAAGAAA